AUGGAAGGUGUAAAGCUUUUUGGCAAGUACGACUACUCCGACGUCGAUUUCAGCCAACUUGACCCAGCUCUUGUUGACUACAUCUCAGUCCAUGAAAAACAACAUGUCAUGGUUCCACACACAGCUGGCCGCUAUGUUCAUAAGCGUUUCCAGAAGGUCUCCUGCCCACUUGUUGAGCGCCUCUGCAACCACCUUAUGUCCCGUGGCCGUAACACAGGCAAGAAACUCCUCGCAAUCCGCAUUGUUGAGCACGCUUUCGAUAUCAUCGCUCUCUCUACAGGCCAGAACCCAAUUGUUACAUUCGUCAAGGGUGUUCAGUACUGCGGCGCUCGCGAAGAUUCAACACGUAUCGGUGUUGGUGGCACAGUCCGUCGCCAGGCUUGCGAUGUCUCUCCACUCCGCAGAAUCGACCAGGCUCUCUCCUUGAUCACAGAAGGUGUCCGCAAGGCUGCUUUCCGCUCAUCCCGCAAUAUCGCUGAGUGCCUCGCCGAUGAACUCAUCGCUGCCUCAAACAACGAUCAGACAUCCUACGCUUGCCGCAAGAAAGACGAACUCGAGCGUAUUGCCAAGUCUAACCGUUAA